AUGAGUAAAAAACCUAUUGUUUUGAAAUUAGGAAAAGACGCCUUUGGUGACCAAGCCUGGAAGGAAUUGGAGAAGAUUGCGGAUGUAAUCACCAUCCCUGAAUCUAUGACUAGAGAACAAUUUUUGCGAGAGAUCAAAGACCCUCAAAAUAAGCUUUCUCAGGUACAAGUCAUUACGAGAACUGCAAGGAGUGUUAAAAACACCGGUAGAUUUGACCAAGAGCUCGCUCUUGCUUUGCCUUCUUCCGUAGUGGCUGUGUGCCAUACUGGUGCCGGUUAUGACCAGAUUGAUGUUGAGCCAUUCAAAAAAAGACACAUUCAGGUGGCCAAUGUCCCCGACUUAGUAAGUAAUGCUACUGCUGAUACGCAUGUAUUUUUGUUAUUGGGUGCCCUAAGGAAUUUCAGCAUUGGUAAUAGAAGGUUGAUCGAGGGGAAGUGGCCAGAGGCCGGACCUGCAUGUGCAUCUCCCUUUGGUUACGACCCUGAAGGGAAAACUGUGGGUAUAUUGGGUCUAGGUAGGAUUGGCCGUUGUAUUUUAGAGAGAUUGAAACCGUUUGGAUUCGAGAAUUUCAUAUAUCAUAACAGGCACCAGUUACCUUCCGAAGAAGAACAUGGUUGUGAGUAUGUGAGUUUCGAGGAGUUUUUAAAACGCUCGGAUAUAGUGUCUGUUAACGUCCCACUGAACCACAACACUCACCACCUAAUCAAUGCAGUGACCAUUGGAAAAAUGAAAAAUGGCGUGGUCAUUGUUAACACAGCACGUGGUGCCGUCAUAGAUGAACAAGCCAUGACUGAUGCUUUGCGUUCUGGAAAGGUUAGAAGUGCUGGUUUGGAUGUUUUCGAAUUUGAGCCAAAAAUAUCCAAAGAGUUAUUAUCUAUGCCCCAAGUCUUAGGAUUGCCUCAUAUGGGUACCCAUAGUGUUGAAACAAGAAAGAAAAUGGAAGAGCUGGUCGUUAACAAUGCAAAAAAUGUGAUAUUGACUGGGAAGGUAUUAACUAUUGUUCCCGAAUUACAAAACGAAAGCUGGCCCAACGAUGUUAAACCAUUAAUUUGA